AGCUACAAGCUGAUACAUCUGCCCGCUGUAAAGGUAUAAAAGGCUUGCUUGAUUUUAAUAGAGCCCUCGAUCCGCACUCGGAAUCCGUGUUUCAAUACACCACAAAUGGUGCCCAAAGCGAGGCCCGCAAUCAACUAGCUGUCAACCCGGCGGCAUAGCUCAGCCGAACUACGGGGCUACAUGCUGAAAGGAAGCGCAUCCAGCACGUCAACUGCCCAUCGCAGGAUGAAGGUUCUGGCCCAAGAUGGGUACGUGCUUGAUGGAUCAAACCAUCGUUAUCUCAGUCAUCACCACUGUCUGUGCCAUGACGACAACUGCAUCAAUAUGGAUCCCACCUCAACCCAAAACCAACAUUUGGGUAACCUUAGCCAAUCACAUGGGACAGGACACAUUAUGUCUAUCAACCGCUUCUCCAGAAAAUCCUUUUACAACCUGUCUGGUUGGACAACCCGUUGAUGAUUGGCCCAUCCCCUGAGAUAAACAGAUCAUAAUUCAGAGUUUUGGUGAUGUGGUUAACAGCUGGGAUGGUUGGGUUCCAUAUUUAGCAUAUGGUGGGAUUAAACCACAGGAACUGGGCAUAUUAGGAUCUGUAAAAAUGGAUUAUUGUGUAUACUUCAACUACAUGGGCAAAGAUGAUCUAAAAACAAUUCAGUGGCUAAAUGCUACCAUACCCGCAUAUAGAAAUGCUAGCGCUUGGUGUAAUUAUCCCAACAUAUCAAAGUCUAGCAAUCAAUCACUUAAACUGCCCGCAGGAUUAUUUCGAAUUUGUGGAGAUCGCGCAUGGCCUGGCAUUCCCUCCCAUGCAAAAGGAGUACCAUGUAGCAUUGGAAGGUUAACUUUGUUAACACCCAAUACAUCCAUGAUUAUAACUCAUAAGUUACGCCGCCAAGAACGUGCUACACAUGCCUUUCAAACUGAUUGUAAGAAUAAUCUAGAGUUUUGGAGCUCUAGUAAAAUCAUAGCAGCAUCUAUAUUGGCUCCAGGAAUAGGAACAGUGAAAGUGCUAAACAUUUUGAAUAAGCUUGGCUGCUGGCUUGCGAAACAAACUAACACAACUUCAUUGGCCCCGAGUGGACUAUUGCUAGAUGUUGAUUCAAUAAGGCACGCUACGCUGCAGAAUAGAGCCACAAUAGAUUUUUUAUUGUUAGCGCAAGGUCAUUGUUGUCAGGAUUUUGAUGGGCUUUGUUGUAUGAAUAUGUCUGAUCAUUCUGAAUCUAUUCACAAAAGUAUUGAAAACUUGCAAGAAGGAGUACAGAAACUAGAACAAAGUGAUAGUUUUAACAUUUUCGGAAAUCUUUUUGGUAGAUUAGACUUAACUGCAUGGAUAAAAAGCUCAUUACAAAUAGGUGUAGGAUGCUUAUUCAUUUUUAUAUGUUUUCUGAUCUGUAUUCCAUGUGUGUUGAAAUGUGUGCAAACUCUAAUAGAUAGAGCAUUGAUACAAGCCUUUUUUAUAUAUAAGGAAGGGGGAGAUGUGGGCAUUUCUCGCACCAGCUCGACAGCAUCAGUGAACAAAAACCAACCUUGGGAAAAAGACAUAGUUAUGGUCGUUGGAAGGAAGCUAUGGGAGCAAGAAGUUUAAGAUAUGGAAUUGUUAGCAGAACUUGUGGCCUUGUAGAUAAGGGAGUUGCUAAAUUGCUCUGUCUACAAUAGAGUAAAAGAGCUACUGUGUUUCUCAUAAUUUCUGAGGAGAGAAAAUGGCUCAAAGUUGAAACUAUGUGCUUCUCCCAGGUCCAGUUCUCAUUAAGUGUUAGUACAUAUGUCCUGGUUUCAGCUUUAUUUGGAUUUUAUUUGCUCAUGUUCUGAGCUGAUA